AUGCCACCCAUCAACCUCACCAUCCACUCCUUCACCCCACCCUCCCCCACAUCGCCAACACCACUAUCCAUCAAACUCACCCUCCCCUCCGCCCAACAACCCAACAAAAACGCCCUCCACCCCGCCACGCACCUCCAACUCGCAUACACCUACACUGAAGACAGGCAAGAAAUUUUUAAUCCUAAGCCGAUCACGUCGGCGGAUCUGGUGUUGCUCGAUGCGGAAGAGGGGCUUUACGAGCUGGAUGUUGCCAAGGGGGAGAUUCCGAAGGCGAAGAGCGGUGGGACGGCGGAGGUUGUUUUGUAUGCUUUGGCGAGGGAGGAGGUGCUUGGAAGGUGGAGCGUGGGGGAGGUGGAGAUGGAGGGAUAA